UACGAUUGUCGUUAAGAAACGGACUUGUCAAAUGCGGCGAGCUCAUGAUGAUUCGAUUUGGUGUCUUUCACUUGAAAGAACUGUUUCCUUCCUCCACAGACUCCUUGGAGGGCACCGGCAGUCAGCACUCAGGAGACAAAUUUCUUGUUACUUUCUGUGUUUCAAAAAAGGGUGCCCUCUAAAUUUUGUUGAGCGUGCAGCUGCCGGUGGCAAUCGAGGCCUCCAGCGAGGGUGUCGACCAACUGACCAAGACACCAUAUUCAGGGAGGGAAAUGCUACCCACAGAUCCAUGGCGGGCCUUGAAACCCUUCACUCAUCUUCUUGUCUAUCUAUCUUUCCUCUUCCUCUGCAUCUCAUUUGUUCAAUCCCUCUUCGGGAGAUUGAUGAUAGGGAACCACCCCGUUAAGAUCAAGAAGACGGCUGAUCUUCCUCUUCGAUUUGGCUAUGAUGGUACAUUCAAGAUCCUUCAGAUAGCAGAUAUGCAUUACGCUCACGGCCUGAGGACGAGAUGCAGGGAUAUUCUGCCGUCGGAGUUCCGUUUCUGUUCGGAUUUGAACACCACCGAGUUUGUGAGAAGGUUAAUUCGGGAGGAACGACCCAAUUUUAUUGCUUUUACAGGAGAUAACAUAUUUGGAUCAAGCAGUACGGAUGCUGCAGAAUCUAUGAUUGAAGCAUUUGCUCCUGCUAUUGAAGCUGAGAUUCCGUGGGCAGCUGUUUUAGGCAACCAUGACCAGGAAUCCACCAUGACCCGUGAAGAGCUUAUGUCCUUCAUAUCCUCCAUGGAUUUCUCAGUCUCUCAGGUUAACCCGUUUGUGGACAACUUAUCAAGUUUGGAUGGAAGAUUCAUUGAGAUUGAUGGAUUUGGGAAUUAUCAUGUACAAAUAAAUGGUGCUUCUGGUUCAGGAUUAGCAAACACAAGCAUCGUGAAUCUUUAUUUUCUUGAUAGUGGAGACAGAUCAACUAUUCCUGGAAUUCGUGGUUAUGGAUGGAUCAAAGAAUCUCAAUUAACUUGGCUUCAUAAUUUGUCUAAUUCGUUGCAGAGAGGGCAGACAAUGAAUUACUGGGUUGAUCCGCCCCCUGCCCUCGCGUUCUUCCAUAUUCCAAUUCCUGAAGUCCGGGAACUCUGGUACUCUGGCUUCGUGGGUCAGUUUCAGGAGGGCGUCGCCUGUUCUCCUGUGAAUUCUGGAGUCUUAAAUACAUUGGCUGCCAUGGGAGAUGUGAAAGGUGUGUUUAUGGGCCAUGAUCAUAAAAAUGAUUUCUGUGGGAAGAUAUACGGUAUCUGGCUCUGCUAUGGAGGUGCAGUUGGUUAUCAUGCAUAUGGCAAAGCAGGCUGGCCAAGGCGAGCUCGGAUCAUCUCAAUAGAACUUGAGAAAGGACAGAAAGAGUGGAUGGGAGUGAAACAAAUUAGGACAUGGAAGCGACUCGAUGACGGUAAAAUGAGGCAGAUUGACACGCAGGUCCUGUGGGAAAAGAGUUGAAGUUGUCCGUUAAUAAGUGUUCAUGAGCAAUUCUAUCUUGUGUUGCUGUAUCUCACGGAUCAUAAUUGUCACUUCUUCAUUCACAAGCGUGGACUAUCCUCUCCAAUCAUGACGAUCAUGCAUCUGCACAAUCUGUUCAAGAUGAGGCCUACAGUAUGGCUGAGUUCGUGCCGUGUAAGGACUUAUGUAUUUUUCCUAUAACCAAGCAAGAGGGUCAGCCGUUCUCGUUUCUGAAGAAAUAUCGUAGAAAAUUCUCUGUGCAGUUCUACGCCGACCCUUUUAUUGCUAUGAAGGACUGAUCUUCACGAGAGCCGCCUUUCCGCUAUGUAACGCAGUGUAGAAUUUCCCCUUCUUCUUCUUGGCAGGCUAAGUUUCUUCUGUAGUUUCAUCGUCGAAUGACAUAAAUCUGCUCUAAAAAAUCUGGCCCGUUGGGUCCGGCCUUUAUUCUUCA